UAAAGCUUAUCAUGUGAGAGUUGUAAUUUCGCCGAGUUGUCAUUUAGAUCCUUUUUUUAUUCCUCUAACUGUUAUACCAGCAUGAUUAAGAUAAAUAUAUUUUAUCCGUUCUACAGAAGAAAACAUCGAGUACGAUUUGUAUAGAGAUCCCCAAAUCGUUAAGCAAGAAUGUUAUUUCGUUUUUCUUUUAAGGGCUUGAGAAAAUGCGAAUGAAUGAGCUCCCUUCACGCUAGUGUACACUGUCACUCCGUCAAAUCAAAUUAUAUAUGCUAGUUGUCUUCGUGGCAUUUAUAUUCUUAAUUUUAUAUAUAUAUUUCAUAUAAAUGGCUGAUUUGGAUCCGAUCGUUAUCAUUUUGGCCACGUCAGGCUCUAAAGGGAAUCGAAUUUUAUUUCGUUACCCACACGAAACUACCAAGAAGAAUGCAGUUGCCUCUCGAUCCAAUGUUGGGACGAAUCCUUAUGCUGUUGUUCCUAUUGAUGACCUUUGUGCAAAAGUUGAAGAAACUGAUUCAAAUAAAGAAAACGAAACAUUACUUGGGAGCCACAAUAUCGUGGGUUUCAAUUUUCAGAACCUUGGUACUUUACUUGCUGCUGAUACCAUCCUCUGUGGGAAACGGUUUGAUGUUAAAAUUAAAGAUGUCCGUUUUGUUGGCUAUCCACUCCAUCUCAACAACCCAAACAGCAAACAUGUACAGACUAUACAGUCCUUUAAUGUGGUCAUUGUUUUAAAAGCAUGUGUUGAUACGACAGUAGUGAACUAUUACCAGGAUCUUGCAAAACAAAUCACUGUUGCUAUUCGUCAUGAAGAAUGCCGCUGUAAUUACUUGGCUCAGCAAGCCAAAGCGAUGCAACAAGUCCAUGAUGAAUCACCUUUCAGUGAAGUUUCAGAAUGUCCUUAUAAGAUGAUUUUAAGACACAGCCAGUUGGCACGGGAACUGAAAUAUGUUUAUGAUAGUCUAUGCAAAAAUGGAAUUGUUCAUUUGUAUGUCAACCACUGGGUUAUGGUCAACUUCUGCUUACCUCAUAGAGUCCACUUAAAUUCUCUCAACAACAAAGCAUUAAAGCCUGAAGCGAUUGACAAAUGUUUAGAAUCCCUAAGGCCCUAUCAUGGAAUACUACUUCUGGUUGAUUGUGACACUCUUCUGAAAUCUUUACCGAUUGACUGUUCUCCAACUUUAGUUAGACUUAUCAGCUGUGUAAACCCUACAAAGAACCUUCAGACUCUCUCUUUAGAUGCUGAUCUCAGUUUGUCUCAGGUUUUCCGUUUGGUCAGCCAUUUAGUUUACUGGGCUAAAGCAAUGAUCAUUUACCCUCUUUGUGAGAAUAAUAUGUAUGUCUUGUCUCCUCAUACAAACCCAAUUAGCAAUGUACAUUUGGUUGAGCUGUUUGAGAGAGAUUUUCCGAAUGAAAGUUUACCAGUUGUUCUUUCCAAAUAUUCCCUCCCAAUUCGGAUGAAUGAGUAUCGAGAUGCUCUGGACACAUCGCAGAAACAGAGUCAGAAGUGUAAACUGGUUGUAUGGAUGUUACAACACCAGAUAUUGAUCCAGCUCCAUACCUACAUCUUCUUGUCUGUGCCUACACAAAAGAGCAAGAAGAAGAAACUAACAGAUUCACUCUUGUCGUCCACACCACUGUCACAGUGUCUCCUCGGGAGGAGCAUCCCUGAUGUCACCAUUGAUGAAAACUGUGUGCUGGAGAGGACUCAGAGUUCUUCAGAUAUUGCAUCAGUAAACAGUGAUGAAAGUGUUAACUUGGGUAUUCCUCAUUCAACAUCAUCUCAGUUAUCGAAAUCUCCAUCCCUUGAUAUACUCCACUUAGAAGAUAGUACUCGUGAUUCUUUGCUGAAGAUUCUCACCCCAGAAGAAUAUGAUGCUGUUACACGGUUGCCUGCUGCUCGCAAUGCUGAUGACCUGAAACUUUUCUCUAAACUCUGCUGUUACUUUAAUGGAAAACAUCAUCUUGAAGAAAUCAUGUAUUAUGAAGACUUGCGCCGCUCUCAAGUUGUUGCAAUACUGGAUAAGUUCCGUGAUAUUCUUGAAACCUGUACACAUGAAGAUCCAGUUACAUCCAUAUAUGUACGGUAGCACCCAUCUCACACACACAUUCUAAAAUCAGAAACUAUUUCUGUAGCUUCUUUGCUACACAUACUGUAACAGUGUUAUAGGUUCCAUUAAUUGUGUGAAAGUUUGAUAAUUGUUUUGACAACCAAUUAAAACAAAUGAAAGUGGAGGAGAAAAAAAAUAUAAAACAAUUUCAAUUAGUUACAUUGAUUGAUUUCUCCAAUUUCUAAAUUUACCAUUAAAUUAUUCUUAUUUAUAUAUUUAUUAUUAUCAUUUCCUUUUCACCAUCCCAAAUAUUUCGGUUUGGUUCCUAUACUUGUUAAAUUUUAAAGCAUGACAAGAAAACAGCGUAUGUGUGUGUGUGUGUGUGCGUGCGCUCCAGUGUGCAAAACACAUCUAUCUAAGGAAGAUAAUCAUGCAAUUUUUCUUUUACUGUUACAUGAUUGGUAUUAUUUAUCCAAAUGACAAUCUUACCAUCUGCUCUCUUCUUAUCAAUCAGUUAUGAGAGACAUGUAAAUCUAAAGAACCAUAUAUAUAUAUAUAUAUAUAUAUAUAUACGCAGGCAUGGCAUAGGCGCAGGUGUGGCUGUGUGGUAAGAAGCUUGCUUCUCAAUCACAUGGUUCUGGGUUCAGUCCCACUGCGUGGCACCUUGGGUAAGUGUCUUCUACUAUAGCCUUAGGCUGACCAAACCCUUGUGAGUGGAUUUGAUAGAGGAAAACUGAAAGAAGCCUGUUGUAUAUAUAUAUGUGUGUGUGUCUGUUUGUCUCACUUGACAACCAAUGUGGGUGUGUUUACAUCCCCAUAGCGGUUCAGCAAAAGAGACCAAUAGAAUAAGUACUAGGCUUUCAAAGAGUAAGUCCUGAGGUCGAUUUGUUCGACUAAAGGAGGUGCUCCAGCAUGGCCACAGUCAAAUGACUGAAACAAAUAAAAGAAUAUACACACGUAUACUCUAUAAUAUAUAUAUAUAGGUAUAUGCAUAUAUACACUGUAUAAUAUAUGUAUAUA